UCUUUAUUUAUCUGUACCAUGAGUGAUGCCUCCAUCGAACAAGCGUGUGAUUCGUGCCGAAAGAGAAAGUUAAAGUGUUCCAAAGAGUAUCCCAGAUGCCUGAAAUGCCUCACCCAUAGUUGGGACUGCUGUUAUAGUCCCCGGAUGGUUCGGUCUCCACUCACAAGAAACCAUCUUACAAAAGUUGAAAACCGGGUCCAAAAGUUGGAGUCGAUUUUGGAAUACUUGGUGUCGCAUGCGUAUGACAUUGACCAAUUGGUUGCCGACCAAAAUUACAAAUCCACCUUGUCUGAACAUCGGCAGGCCUUAGAGGGCUUGCACCAGAAACAGCCCCAGUCGCAGCACCAGACGCAACAGCCGCAGCUCGGGGCGCUACAGUCGCAGUCGCAGUCGCACAAACUGCCACUGGAACCCGCCGCGUCCAAUUCGGCGUCUCCCAGCUCGCGCCCCAUGGCGAGUGACUCUUCGCGCGAUACCGCCAUCGCCUCGGCCUCGACUCCGGCCACCUCCCACAAUGACAAGUUUGACAUCACCGGGAUACCGGUAUCACCAAAACCGCUUGAAAUUGACUCCGAUUACCUCGACUCCAACCUAAACUCGUUGGCCCACUCUCCCACUUAUUCAAUCUUUUCUAACGAGAGUGAGGUCAAAUUGGAUCUCAAUUUGAUCCAGUCGAAUGAGCUUAAUGAUAAAAUGCUAGUGGACUACUUGGACCUCGGUAUCUCGGGGGCCCGCAAGGCUCAGUUCGAAAUGCCCGAGUCUGGUUCACUCGCGGGAAUAAAGAAGAUAAAACUUGAACCUUCGGAUGGGUUUGAGUUGCUGGCAUCUCGCCAGAAUAAUGAGAUUGGAGACUACUCCAUUUUUGAUGAGGUUAUAAAUUUUAACUAGAGUAUAGACGAAUAAAUUACGAAACGAGUGCUGGGUAGAGGGUAGGGUAGUUGCUCCA